AUGGGGAAGGCGGGGAGGUGGCUGAGGAGCUUCUUGGCCGGCGGCAGGGCAAAGGAUGGGAAGAGGGACAGGCCGCACGCCGACACGAUGCCGGUCACGGCGCUGUCGGGAGCGACACCGAAGGAGAAGCGGUGGAGCUUCAGGCGGCCGGUGGUGCUGGCGCCCGAGCAGCGCGAAGCCGCCGACAGCGUUGGCGCGUCUCGGUCGUCAGCGGCGUCGGAAGCGGGCUUCGAUCAGAAGACGCGCGCAGUGGCUGUCGCGGUGGCCACCGCGGCCACGGCAGACGUGGCGGUGGCCGCAGCGCAGGCGGCGGCCACGGUGGUACGUCUGUCCUCUCGCAAGGCGGCGCCGAACCUGUCGCCACCACCGGCGGGCUUCCCCGUCGAGGCGGCGGCGGCUGUCAGGAUUCAGGCGGCAUACAGAGGCUAUCUGGCAAGGACGGCGCUGUGCGCGCUGAGGGGCAUAGUGAAGCUGCAGGCGCUGGUGCGAGGGCAGCUGGUGAGGAAGCAGGCCAAGGCCACGCUCCGGUGCAUGCAGGCUCUGCUGGCGGCGCAGUCCCAGCUGCGCGCGCAGCGCAUGCGCUUCCUCCAGGAACACCAACCCCACCAGACACCGCCGCCAAGGCCACGGCCGUCACCGAGCCACCCGAAGCACCGCAGAUCGUCCUACGAGAUGGACAGGUCGAGCGACGAUAGCGCCAAGAUCGUCGAGAUGGACAAUGGCGAGAAGCCAGCAGCGCGGCGCGGCAGGGUGAAGAGCGGCGACAGGCACUGCUCCACCGUCGAGUACCACCACCAGCACGGCGGCCGGUGCUCGCCGGCGCCGUCGGCCAUGACCGAGAUGAGCCCGAGGGCGAGCAGCUGGCACGUGGAGGACCACCUCUCCUUGGGGAGCAGCCCGCACUCCCAGACCCAGAACGCGUCGGAGCUGCCGUUCCCGAGCUACAUGGGCAACACCGAGUCGUCGAGGGCCAAGGCACGGUCGCAGAGCGCGCCGAGGCAGCGCGCCGCCGCGGACGCGCUGGAGCGGCAGCCGAGCAGGAGGAAGGGCGCGGAGCACCGGAGCGUGCCGAGGGGCGCCAGGAUGCAGCGCUCGUCGUCGCAGCAGCAGGCCGGCUCCGCGCCGCGGCCGUCCUUCUUCAGGCCGUGGUCGACGUCAGUCAAGCUGGACUCGUCGACCGCGUCGCUCAUGGACAGCGAGUGCGGCUCCACCAGCUCCGUCCUCACCGCGGCGACCACCGUGUCCACCGUGUACAGCCGGACCCGCUCGCUCGUCGGAUUCGAGGUGCGCAGGGGACUGUACUGA